CUGAAGAAGGACUAGGCUGGUGAUGAGCGGCUUUAAUAGAGGAAUUUGAAGAUCCUUAAGCCUCUUUCCUUUGUUUCCUGAGAUUUCUAAGGCCAAACAUCAGUCCUGGAGUGUGGUGACCCUGGAAAGCUCUUCGGCUCUGGAGUAGGUCAGUUCUGGGCUGGAAUCCUGUCUCUGCCGCUUACAGCCAGUUUGUGACAGGAGUGUUCACAUUCCCGCUUGAAAGUGAAAGUCCAGAAAAUAUUCACGGGUUGGAACCUUGACUUUCUCAUCCAUCUCAGCUCUAUCACAGAUCUGCUUUGCUGUUUUCUUUUGGCGGUGGCAGUCUCUCUGGUGGUCAUUAUAAUUGCAGUUUACUGCCAACAAAAACAAGAGCACCAUAUUAGGACUACUGGUCUUAUUCUGUACUUGAUCGUAUUAACAGCCUCAUUUCUCAACCAAACCAACCUUAGAACCAUUACCAGCUCACAGGAUCCAUUAUCACCUAGAGCCCAUUUGCUACAGCUUUCAGUAAUAUUUAUCUACUCAGGAGAUCACUGAGGCAUGGAGUCCACAUCAAUCCCCAUGUUGGUUGCUGGACUUGUUGAUUGUGUAGCCCAGUUAAUAAGAAUAGCUGAAGAGCUUUUACAGCUGAUUUCACAGGAACAAGUUCCUUGUGCAGAGCAGAAUGAUAGAGCAGAAGAGAUAGAAGUGGAUGCAUCUUCUCCUGAGGAGGCUUCGCUCCCAGACCUUGCUGAUUUCUCAGACUUAGAGUCGAUACUUCUACCAAGAGAAGACGAAGACCUAGUCCUUGACAUAGAUCAAGCGAUGGUAGACAUAGAAGACUUAUAUGAAGAUGUACUCUCCAGUAUAAAUGAUGACCUAAGAAGUGGUUAAGACCAAAUUUGCCCCCAGCAGCAUGUGAAAACUGAUAGUUUUUCUGUUUUAAAUAGAUUCUGAUUUUUCUGAGUGUUAACAAUGUUUUCUCCUAGUUCUGUACAUUUUCCUUACUAACACCUUAUAGAACAAGUUAAUACUAGAUUUACUUCUAGUAGAAGCUAGUCUCUUUUCUUCUUUGUAUUUCUUUUAAAAGCUUUUAGUUCUGUACAUUUUCCUUACUAACACCUUAUAGAACAAGUUAAUACUAGAUUUACUUCCAGUAGAAGCUGGUCUCUUUUCUUCUUUAUAUUUCUUUUAAAAGCUGCGACUUUAGCCUUUCUCUACCUGUUCUUGUUCUUCUGUUGGGUUUUCUAAUAACAGAAGCAAAUGAUACCAAAAAAAGAAACUCCUCACCUAACAACGGAGUUAAGACCUCAUGGACUCUAUCAGGAGUUGGAACCCAAUGUCAUUGUUCUGCAAGUGGAAACCAAAAGGGGGAUAUUCCCCAAGAUGGUAUUAUAAUGAAUACAUCAUGUUGACAGGACAGCAUUGGGACACUUUUACUUGAAAAGACAGAACUCCUCACUAGGCCUUUAGGGAGAAGAUUUGUCAACCAAAGGAUUUUAGGGGAAGCAAUUUUGAAAAAGCACCAUCUAUCAGAUAAUACAACUGUUUUUUGGAUAACUUUUGCCAGGGAAACCUUUGAGAAAGCUGAGGUGAAGAAGUUCCAAUGCAGGACUAUUCCCUCAAAUGAUGACCCACACUACAACUAGUCUUCAGUAUUGUUCCACAAAUGGAAAGGAGAAAUUAUAUCAAAUAACAAUGAGGGUGGUACUAAUACUAGCAGGUCUAAACAAAGCCCCAGGAAGACUGUUCACCAAUGCAGUCAAACCCUUUGUGGCAUAGGCUCAGACAUGACAGUCCACAAAUAGAAGUGGAUAAAGUAUGUCUUCUUGGGUAUAGCUAGAUUUAUAAAGAAUAGCUGAUAGGCUUAUUAUAGUGAACCUGCUGCCACCUUGACAUAAAAAUCUUAACUAUUGACAAAUGGCAGCAAUAAUGAAUUUGAAUAAAAUAUGGAUUGGUAUUUAGCCCUAAUAAUUCUACAAAUACCAGAAGUCUAAAAUGCAAUAGUUGGAGGACUCCUCUACCCAUAUUAAAAUAGAAAGAGACCCAAUAAAUGUGUGGGAAGUUCACUGCUCUUACUAAUUCCAUGCCAUAUAGUAAUCUUGCUUCCAUUUAGACAAGCCCAUGGACACGAUGGUCCUCCUUCCUAGAGAAUGGCCUUUGCAUCUUACAACAUGGGCAACAACUAGGUAAGGCAUAGUAGUAGUUACGAUAGAUUGGUGCAUUCAUAUUGUGAAGAAAUGAUAAGUAGAAGUUAAUCCACUCUGGUGAAAACCAGACUAUACCCAAUUUGUAUAGAGUCCUAAGGCAUAUUAUUAGCAAAAAGAUUAAAAAUAUACUGAAUACAGAUAGCUUCAGAACUAACCAACAUGACAGAUGCUGCAUCUAAUCCUAAGUGAGGUCUACAUACAGGGAUAAUUAGCUACUUUUAAAGGUAAAUGUGGGGGAAGUUAGAGAUCCAAUGUGGAUAAGCAGUAGCAAGAGAAACAUAAGUUAGUUUUGUCACUGAAUUUCAGGUUGAGUAUACAUAACAAAUUAAAGAAAAAGACUGCUGUAUUAAAAAAAAAAAAACUACCACAUAUCUUUUUGAAAAUGAGAGGAACUUAAGGGAGAUACUCAAACAUGUUAUGAUUCUGUUCCACAAUAGACUGCUACAUGGAGUAGAUGAGGAUCCAGGACACUUAGACCAGUGCCCAAAGACACAAAGAGGAGAAAUAAAAUUUCUAUCACCAGGAAAUUACUGUGGGUAAUUACAAGCCAGACCAGAUAGCAGGUUAAGGGACUUUACUGCUGUACUAAUUGGACAAAUCAAGCCUUACUUUCCUAGGGUAGGGGACUCUACCUGUUGUGGUAUGUCCAAAAUGGCAAAUAAGAGAUGCGGUGCAAAGGCACUAUGUGAAAUUAACUAAAAUAUAGCACUGGGAAAGCAAGAAGAAAUGGUUUAUCCCACCAUUCCACUUGGAGCAGUUUUAUAAGAAGGACUAGUGACCACAGUUAAACAAGGAAAUCUGUACAUGUAGCAACCAAGAAGAAUCACAGAGGAAUUGGAUAGAAGUUAACAGAAUAUAUGCUUUAAUUAAAAGUUUGGAAACAGCUGGGAAAGAUAUAUACUCUCCACUAGGAAUUUGGACUCUAGGAAAUUGGCUUUAAUUUUGUGUCAGAAUAAAACCCAGGGCAGGAGUACUUGGGCAAGAUCAGGAAACAUCCAAGGACAGACCAUCAAUCUGCUACAAAUUCUAUUCAGCAAGUAAUUUCACUGUAGAUGGACAGUUCUGGUGCUCCUCAAAUACGAUUGAUACCAACGGUAGCUAUUCCUCUAUGUAGAACUCUGGAAUAUAUACUUUAUAACAAUUCCACAAUGGAUUAGUAUGAGUUCAUUAAAUCUGUUGCUAUUAGAGAAUUCAAGCAAGUAUACUAACUACAGGUGACCAUCAAAAUACAUCAAGAGAAAUCUGUGUUGGGCGCCUGGGUGGCUCAGUGGUUUAAGCCGCUGCCUUCGGCUCAGGUCAUGAUCUCAGGGUCCUGGGAUCGAGUCCCGCAUCGGGCUCUCUGCUCAGCAGGGAGCCUGCUUCCUUCUCUCUCUCUUUCUGCCUGCCUCUCAGUGUACUUGUAAUUUCUCUCUGUCAAAUAAAUAAAUAAAAUCUUAAAAAAAAAAAAAAAAGAGAAAUCUGUGGGACUACUCCAGACUUUGAAACAAGAUAAAGCUUGAACCAGCCUAAUAUGCAACUAAUACUCAACAUGGUCCUUAUAUAUCAAAGCUGGAAGAUGCUGCAAACUCGUAGUAUGUGAAGCUGGCUAGCCUUCUGGCUGGAUGAGUCAUGUGGAAAGAUUGUACUACAGUAGCUCCUCAGAAUUAGAUAAAAUAUAUUGCGGUUUGCUUUGAUUGUGUGAUUACAUGUGUUUAAGAACUGUUAAGAUGUAAACCCACUCCAAACAGUGGGUUGUUGUAUUAAGUAUGAUUAGAGUUGAUAGUGAUAAGAAGUAAGUGUAGGCAAUAAUAAAGUACUUAGGAAUAAGAGCUAGUAAGGAAGUAUUUUUAUGAGAAAGUGAUAAGAAGUAAGUGUAGGCAAUAAUAAAAUACUUAGGAAUAAGAGCUAGUAAGGUAGUAUUUUCAGAAAAGAGUGAUAAGAAGUUAAGUGUUAAGUGUAGGCAAUAACAACAUAGUUAAGAAUAAGAGCUUAUAAGGAAGUAUUUUUGAGAGAAGAAAAGCAGUAAGUUACAUAGAAUAGUCAUGCAGCUAUUUAGGGGGGAAAGCCAUGGUAUGAGUUAGUUCCUAAGCAGGUUUAUGAACAAAGCCCUGUUUUUAUCAUAUGCAAAUCAGCCAACCCUAAGUCAUUGAUAGUGAUAGAAAUAGUUGAUUGGUGAUCGAUGGACACAGGUCAUGCACUUAAAAUCUCAAUUAGAAGGAGAUAUAUUACUUAAUUUGGCAGUCCACCUUUGAAUACCUCUGAUUGGAAUCCUGGAUUUCUCCUCCAGGAGAGUGGAGAGAAUGGCUGGUCCUUUAUUUAAACUAGCCUUUUUCUGAAUCUUCUUGAGACUGACACCAAAGCCAAUUCUUGAAUGGCGUGGAGGGAUAGAGAGGGAGACAGGCUCAUCAUUCUGAGUCAAGCUUGAGAAUGUGAAAACCAAGGGAGAUAGGUUGGAGAUGGCAAUGAACUGGGAGGCAUUAGUUUUCAUCCUUGCGUGUUUUGGCUAACUUGCAUGAGAGGUUGCAACUAUGUAAUUGUAUCCUUAUGUGAUGAUUAAUGCCAGUCAUUAAAUUAGAAUUGAAUAUCAUCUUUGUUACUGAUCCACACUGUUUUAUUGCUAUGUGCUUUAACAUAU